GGUAACGAGAGCGUGUACGGUGUGCGUGUCCCUUCCUUCCGGCAAGGGCUCUCCGUCUCAUCCUCUGUCUCCUCACACCGCUCAGCCGCCGCCGCCAUGUUGGGAGCCGCUCUCCGGCGCUGUGUGUCCUCUGGCCUCAGGAGUCUGCCCCGUUGCCGCCCUCAGCCCCAAGCGGCCUGCGCCCCAGUUGCGGUAGCGGCUCGCUGCUAUUCUCAAGCUAAACAUGAAUCAGACGAGGAGUUUGAUGCUCGCUGGGUGACUUAUUUCAACAAGCCAGACAUCGAUGCCUGGGAGCUGAGAAAAGUUGUUCUGGCGCCUAGCAGCUACGGAGGACACAUUUUUCUUGUAACUUCCAGAGGUGUGAACACGCUCAUUGGUUAUGAUUUAGUUCCGGAGCCAAAAAUCCUUGAUGCUGCUUUACGUGCUUGCAGGAGGUUAAAUGACUUUGCCAGUACGGUCCGUAUUUUGGAAGCAGUAAAGGACAAGGCUGGACCUUAUAAGGAAAUUUAUCCCUAUGUCAUUCAGGAGCUUAGACCGACUUUAGAUGAGCUGGGCAUCUCCACCCCAGAAGACCUGGGCUUGGAUAAAGCAUGAGCAUUACAGGUUAUCCAUCCAAAUGUUUUAUCAACAAUGCUACUUGAUUGUACACAGCCAUCUAGGAAUACAAAGUUCUUAACAUAUUACCUUUAUUUGAAAAACAAUGCAACAACCUGUUCUUUUAUUGAGUCCAAAUGUGUGUAAUAUUAUGUCGGACCUAAUAAAGGGAUAUUGUUUACUCUGA